AGCAAGCGAGCCAGCCGGCAGGCAGGAGGGUGUCCCGGGCCGACUGUUUACCGCCAUGAGCCGGACUGCUGUCGGUCCUUAGCAGGCAAGGAGAUGUGCGCAGGACGGAGGACAUGUUCUUGUCACCAUGUGAAGCGGCUUGAAGGACGAAGGACAGCGGCUCACUGGACCAUCUCAUCCCGCUGAAAGGUGUUCAGAGAGGGGGGCAGACAGCCUCCUCACUCCCCUCAUCACUUUCCACAUGGCGUCUCCACAACAGUCCAGGAUUCAGUCUUACCUGGAGAAAAACAAAAUUGGACCUUUAUUUGAGGAGUUGAUGACCAAACUGAUAAGUGAGACUCCCGACCAUCCAAUUCCUUUCCUCAUCGAUCACCUGCAGACCAAACAGGACAGUCCAGGAAAGAUGCACAGAGCUCUUUCGGGCUCGGCGGCACUUUGGGCCCAGAGCUCCCCGGAAAGCAAAAACACUCGAAGGGAGCCGCGCCACUGUGAGAAACCGUGGCAAAUUCAUCCCAGGAAGCCCAAGAAGUCCAAAAGCGACCUCGCUGUGUCCAGUCUGUCGCCGCCCUCGCCUGAAUCCAAGUCGUUGCCUCAGUGCCCAUCCUGGGAUUGGAGGGACAGCCGCGACUUUGACGAGCUCAACCACAUUUUGCUGGAAAGCAAAAAGCUGGGCCAGGCCCUGGAGAGCCUUUCUCGCAGUAUUGCUGUCUCUGAUGACCUAGACCAGAACCUGGGAAGCUUCAACUCCUUGCUACGCCCCAGAGUAGUGGGGGAGUGGAUCGGUCGAGCCGAUGAGGAUGCCGACCCGUUGGCCGCGGAGAUGCUGCACCCGCCUCUCCCUCGCAGCAAAAACGACGUCUGUUGGAGCGGAGACGGCCUUCCCAUUAACAGCAGUCUAAAGAUGAAGGCCAAGAGCAAAGGGCUAAAAGAGCAGCAGCAGCAUCACAAAAAGCUCCUGGCCGCCAUGUUGUCUCAGGACCCGUUCAAUUCGCUGCACAGUCCGACGCCUUUUAUCGCAGAGGAAGAAAUGGAAGAUGAGGACGAGGCCAUGGAGCUUUUGGAGGACCUGGAUGACCUGCGUAUGGAAGGCGUGAGCGGCUUGGCACCAUCCGGCUGUAAGUUCAGUCAGGGACGCAGCUCCUAUCAUACGGAACCUCAGGCCAAAGUGACGCUGAACAUCUGCUCUCGAUGUGCCAGGUUGCAAGGAGACAGUUUACCAGACAGAAGGUCCGCAUCUGAACAAGCCGUACCUGACAUCACAUCCCCACUGCCCGAGGCGGACAUGGCAGCGGCAGGACGGUUGCAGCAGGAAUGCGAGGUCACGUCUCAAGUUUUGGGUUCUCGUCAGCCUGUCUGGGAGGCUGAUCUCAAGGCUGUGAGGGGUGGGAGCUCCAUGGGCCUGCUGCUGGGAGACCCCCUCUUUUCCAAAGAGCUGGAGAACAUGGGCAAGCAGCUGGCUGAGGUGGAGAAGGACUUGGCCAAGCUGGCAGAAGUAGGGAAGAUGACCUCUCGCAGCUCCAGUAACCCGCACAGCAGUCUCCUCCAUAGUCCCCUCCACCACAGAACCCUCCCCGACACGCUCCCUCUCCCCAGCCUGGCCUCCAGGCCCCAGUCGCCGGCCGGUGGCCUCUCAGGCAAGGCCUGCGGCGUGGGCCUCCCACUGCUCAGCCCCAAGUCCACCUCCUUGGUCUUCGGUCGGACUCUCAGCAACCCGGGGAGCAGGACUCAAACACCGAGAACCCCCAGCAGCAGGCCUCUCACCCCAAAUAGUUUACUGACGCGCUCCGGUUUUAACCCGGGGCCUCAUAAAGAGGUGAGCUUCAGGAGGUCGCGCAGCCGACCGGUGACACCCACAAGGCAGCCCAUGCUUCCCCGAAAGCUGCUCACGCCUCCUGGACUCAGCACCACUGACAGCCUGGGAGCCAGCCUGAGGGCAUAUCUGUCUGAGGACGAGUUCUACCAGCAGUUACAGGCCAUCCGGCAACCUUGGCACAUACCCAGUGACACUGACAGCGACAUCAUGGAGCCUCCUGAGCAGGACAAAAGUGGUGCCCGAGAUGCCAGCAAGAGAUCCGUUUUUUCAGGCCUUUGAAGACCAAGACCAGCGUUAUUGAUCCAAUCCAACCAACUUAUUAUGCAAGCCGCUGGACAUUUUAAAUGUGAGACAUUAUUUUUUAUAAUUCCUAUGAAUGAAACAAGAUUGUAUACGUUUUUUUUCCACCAAUAUUUCAUAGACAAUAUACUGUUACGACAAUGAAUAUUUUUGUUGGCGCUUUAGCAUGCCUUUUGUUGUGACAACCUAUCUUAGUCACAUUCUGACGGCAGGUGAAAUUUGUUGCUGAUCUGAACAAGCUAAUGCCUCCAUUAGUUCACACUCCACACCAACAGGGGGCACUCUGAUGUUGCUGGGUAUGGUUCUCUGCAAAUAUACAACCUAGAAGUUAAGGUAUGUAUUAUCCAAAAGUAACACAGUUGGGCAUUAGCUUGUUCAUGCGCUUUCAAAUUACAGAAGGACUUUAAUGAUAUGCACUAUGAAUAUGCGGAGGAAGUUCCAGGAAUGAUAA